UCCGGGUAUGCCCUCAAUUCCUUUAGAUGAGACCUUAUGCUCGCUCCAGCUAUAUUAAGCAAAAAAUGCUUUGCUUAAACUGUUUCGCAAGAGGUCACCAGAUUCGUGAAUGCCAAAGCGCCCACAACUGCAACACGUGUGGAGACCGGCAUCAUACGCUGCUGCACCGUGGCACUCCAGUUUGCAGCCAAUCCGUGCCCAACUCCGUACCACUUCCGACUCCUGCCGAAGCUCAGCCUAUCGUUCAGAACUAUUUCGCCUCCGGCAAGAGGGCGGUACUCCUGGGCACGGUUAUUAUUAAUAUUUGCCACUUGGGGACAAACUUUCGCGCCCGCGCUCUAAUCGACCCGGGCUCCGAGGUGACGUUCAUUACGGAACGUCUCUUCCAGAUCAUUAAGUUGCCAUUCCGACUCGCCCAGGCACAGGUCUCGGUCCUCAAUCAGACCAUAUCCGCUCAGUCCAAGAAGCUCUGCCAUUUUUCCAUCCGCUCCCCGACUAAGCCGGGCUUACACUUGGACGCCACAGCCUAUGUCCUGCCGGAACUAUCAGGCAGGCAACACUCGUUGCGAGACUUGCCGAACCUGCCAUGGGCAGACCCGACAUUUUACGCAAGCUCACAAAUAGAUGUCCUGAUUGGUGCCGACAUCCUUCCAUCCAUCCUCUUGAGCGGCUCACAGACGAACAUCUGUGGAUCUCUCCUCGGACAGGAGACCAUUUUCGGAUGGGUUCUUACAGGCCCAGUGCCAAAGGCAGGGUCGCAUCCUUCUCCACGCAAAUUUCCACCGAGCUAGAGACUC